GGUGAACGCCAUUGUAAGGUCGUAUUGGCUUUUGCCAAAGUGAUUUAUCUAUUUCUUGGUGGGACCGCUAUUAGCGUAGGGCAUCCCAGCUUCCUAAUUACGGUCGCCAGCUUGCUGUUAGUCUAAACAGUUUUUGUUAUAGCUACUUCCGCCGUCAUUUCAGUCACCCGACCGGGCAUUGAGUAAUCGACACCGCCGCGACCAAGUCCUGAACUGCGGUCCAACCUUUCCAUCAUGAGUGAAUUGUCUCCGGAACGCACCACGGUUGGAGUAUUGGGAAGCGGCUCUUGGGGCACUGCUUUGGCCAUCCACUGCGCCCGUAUGGGUCACGACACCGUGUUAUGGACCCGUGGGUCGGCCACCGCCGCCGCCAUCAACGGCCCCGCCCGCCAGAACACCGCGCACCUGCCCGGCUACCCCUGCCCUCCCGGCAUGCGCGCCAGCACGGACCUGGCGGAGGUGGUGGGUCGCAGCGAGCUGCUGCUGGUGGUGGUGCCCACGCAGUACAUCGAGCAGACGCUAGGCUCCGCCCUGCGUUCCCUGCUUCGCCCGCACCAGCUGCUGGUGAGCUGCUCCAAGGGGCUGCAGCUGGGCUCGCUGGAGACGGUGGAUGAGCUGAUGGAGCGGCUGGUGGCGGGAGGAGGGGAGGGGCAGGAGGAGGGGCAGGAGGAGGGGGGUCAGGAGGGGGGGUUGUGCGACCGGCGGCGGCAGCUUGCGUUCCUGUCAGGUCCCUCCUUCGCUGCGGAGGUGGCGGCGGGGCAGCCCACGGCGGUGACGGUGGCGGCAAAGGACGAGCGGGUAGCCGCCCGGGUGCAGGCGCUGCUGUCCACCCCGCGCUUCCGUUGCUACCGCAGCACGGAUGUGGCGGGGGUGGAGCUGGGGGGGGCGCUCAAGAACGUGCUGGCCAUCGCAUGCGGCAUCAGCGACGGGCUGGGGUUCGGGAACAACGGUCGCGCGGCGCUCAUAACACGAGGCCUGUACGAGAUCACCAAGCUGGCGGUGGCUCGCGGCGCACACCCGCUGACCAUGUCGGGGCUGGCGGGCAUGGGGGACCUGGUGCUCACGUGCACAGGUGACCUGUCUCGCAACCGCACGGUGGGGCUGCGGCUGGGGCGCGGGGAGGCGCUGGCAGACAUACAGGCCUCCAUGGGCGGUGCGGUGGCGGAGGGCGUCCCCACCGCGGUGGCCAUACACACGCUGGCCAGGCGGCUUGGUGUGGACUGCCCCGUCAUGGAGGGGAUUCACCGGGUCAUACACGAGGGUGCCGACGCACAGGAGGUGGUGGCGGAGGUGAUGAGUCGCGCGCUGAAGCCCGAGGUGGCGCCCGACAUGAUCCGGGAUGUGCUGGCGGGCGGCAGGGCGGCCAGCUGGGGGGCGGCGGAGGGCGGGGGCGGACUACAGGGGGGUGGGGGCAGCAAGCGGAACAGCAUGGUGCUGGAGCUACCGGCGUCGCCGUUGCCGUCGGUACAACAGCAACAGCAACAACUAGAGGCAGCGAGCGGUUGCUGUGGCAACGGUAACGGUAACGGUAACGGCACGUGUGGUAAGGGCGACAGCAACGGCAAGGCGGGGCGCUGCUGUGGUGAAUCCACCUCCCCCUCCUGCGCUGCGGCUGCUGCUGCGGCUGCUGCUGCUACGUCACCGCCUCCUCCGC